CGCGAGUAUAAAAUUGCCGAAUUACACACUAUUCACCAAUCGUUCACACUACACCUAUUACAAUUAUAAAAGUGAUCCAUAUCCAAAAUUUAGAAUCCCAAAGUCACUGUUCAAACUCCACAGCACGACACCUCCUCCUUGCUUGCGUUCUUCACAAUAAUAAAUAUAUCUACAUAUAAUUCAUCAUUAUAGAACGAUCCCAUUUUCUUGAGGUGAAGGGAAAAAUUUCCAGAAAUUAAAAGAAAAAAAGUUAAAAGAGAAAAUGAGCAGCCCAAAGGGAAGAACGACUCUUGAUGUGGGAGCUGAUGGGAUCGCCAUCAUCACCAUCAUCAACCCGCCUGUGAACUCUCUUUCGUUUGAUGUUUUGUACAGCUUAAAAGACUCCUGUGAACAGGCCUUGAGGAGAGAUGAUGUGAAGGCAAUUGUUAUCACAGGUGCACAGGGGAAGUUUUCUGGUGGUUUUGACAUAAGUGCAUUCGGAAAAAUUCAAGAUAAUACAAUCCAAGCUCCAAAACCUGGUUUUGUAUCUUUGGAGAUUCUCAGCGACCUUGUAGCAGCUGCCAAUAAACCUUUUGUGGCUGCCGUUGAUGGUCUUGCUCUGGGUGGAGGCUUAGAGGUUGCAAUGGGCUGUCAUGCACGUAUAUCUACCCCCAAUGCUCAAUUAGGAUUACCUGAACUUCAGCUCGGCAUAAUUCCUGGUUUUGGAGGAACACAAGCACUUCCACGCCUUGUAGGUAUUGCCAAGGCCCUUGAAAUGAUGCUGACAUCAAAGCCCGUAAAAGGGGAGGAGGCCUUAAGUUUGGGCCUUGUUGAUGCGCUUGCCUCGCCAAAUGAACUUCUGAGCACUGCCCGCCAAUGGGCACUUGAUAUUUUGGAGGGUAAAAGACCCUGGGUUAUCAGUUACUACAAGACUGACAAGCUGGAGCCUUUUGGAGAGGCAAGGGAAAUACUGAAGUUUGCUCGGGCUCAGACUCGUAAACGGGCUCCGAACCUCAAUCACCCAUUGGUUUGCAUUGAUGUUAUUGAGGAGGGUAUAGUUUCUGGUGCUCGUGCGGGUCUGUGGAAGGAAGCUGAAGCUUUUCAAGUUCUACUGACAUCAGAUACUUGCAAGAGCUUGGUUCAUUUCUUCUUUGCUCAGCGUGGGACCACAAAGGUACCUGGUGUCACUGAUUUAGGGUUGAAACCAAGGAUCAUAAAGAAGGUUGCUAUACUUGGUGGAGGUCUUAUGGGCUCUGGAAUAGCAACUGCAUUGGUUCUCUCUAACUACCAAGUUAUCCUGAAAGAAGUAAAUGAUAAGUUCUUACAAGCUGGGAUUGGUAGAGUAAAAGCAAAUUUACAAAGCCGUGUGAAGAAAGGACAAAUGAGUCAGGAGAAGUUGGAGAAAACUCUUUCUUUGCUCAAAGGUGCUCUCGAUUAUGAGAGCUUCAAAGAUGUCGACAUGGUUAUUGAGGCUGUCAUCGAGAAUGUUUCUUUGAAACAACAAAUAUUCUCAGACCUCGAAAAAUUCUGCCCUCCACACUGCAUACUUGCUAGCAACACUUCCACUAUUGAUCUGAAUUUGAUUGGGGAGAAAACAAAGUCCCAGGAUCGUAUCAUCGGAGCUCAUUUUUUCAGCCCGGCCCAUGUGAUGCCACUUCUCGAAAUUGUUCGAACCCAGAAGACAUCCCCACAGGCGAUUAUUGACUUAUUGGAUGUUGGCAAGAGAAUCAAGAAAACACCAGUUGUGGUUGGAAAUUGCACAGGCUUUGCGGUCAACAGGAUGUUUUUCCCUUACACACAAGCUGCACUUUUACUCGUGGAGCGUGGUACGGACGUGUAUCAGAUAGAUAGGGCCAUUACCAAAUUCGGGAUGCCGAUGGGCCCCUUCAGAUUGUGCGACCUAGUCGGUUUUGGUGUGGCAGUUGCCACUGGUGGCCAAUUUGUUCUGAAUUUCCCAGAAAGAACUUACAAGUCAAUGGUGAUACCUCUCAUGCAAGAGGAUAAGAGGGCAGAAUACGGAUGCUAUGAAGGGAGAAAAAAAAAUAAUGAUUGUGUUGACAAUAAUAUAAGUGCUUUAGGUGAAACUACUCGCCGGGGUUUCUACAUCUAUGAUGAAAAGCGCAAGGCAAGCCCUGAUCCGGAAAUCAAGAAAUACAUCGAGAAGGCCAGAGAGAUUUCGGGUGUUUCUAUCGAACCUAAGUGGGUAGGUAUGUUGACGAAAAUGUCUGAUAAAGAAAUUGUGGAGAUGAUAUUCUUCCCUGUGGUGAAUGAGGCCUGUCGAGUACUUGCUGAGGGCAUUGCAGUAAAAGCUGCUGACCUUGAUGUCUCUGCAGUAAUGGGCAUGGGAUUUCCUCCUUACAGGGGUGGGAUUGUGUUUUGGGCCGAUUCUCUUGGAUCUAAAUAUAUUUGCUCGAGAUUGGAAGAGUGGUCGAGUUUGUACGGAGGCUUUUUCAAACCCUGCUCGUAUUUAGCUGAACGAGCAGCAAAGGGUGCUCCCCUGAAUUUUUUUGCAAACACGCCCUUAAGGUUUAGCUUUAUAAGGAUAACACAGUUUAACUGCGAAUCCAGCGAAGUCUCGUCUGUAAGGCCGAAAUACUCGGUUCUUCUGUUACUGUAUUCCAACCUGGUUCCUGAGUUUGUACUGUGCUGUAAUUUCUUCAUGGCAUGCUUUCUGUAUCCCUAUGCCUUUGCCCGCAUAGCAAAAUAAUGGAAAUAGGAAGUCAAAUAAUAAGAGAUGUAAUUUAUGAAAAUUGAAGAGGAAGAAUGAAACUUUUGUAGCAAAUUAAUUCCAGUCUUUUUAAUACAGUUGUGCUUUUGGUCAUAU